AGCGGCGGCAGCAGCGCUCAGUCCGCCGCCCCGGGCGCCGCCGGCCGCUGUCCGCCGUCCCCGCAGCUCCGAAUCGGUGCAGGUCAGCCAUGGAGCGACUGCUCGUGCUGCUGCUGCUGGCGACAGCCACCUCAGAAUUCGAGUUUCCCGAGGACCCCCCACUUGCGGAGGUCACCGGGCCGCCAAGCACAGCGGAACCCGAAAUCAUUGAUCCUGACGAAGAUCUAGUGGACCCCGGGGAAGACGGGGUAUCUGGACGAUUUUUUGGAAUACCAGGCCUGAAGAAACUCGGCUCUGUGGCCAGCAGUCUCCUGAACACCAUCAAGUCGGGCGACGAUGACCAGAAGCGAUUCGCAGCACCAGCCCCUCCACCGCAGCAUCAGACUGUGACGACGGAUUACCUGGAGUAUGAUGUAGUCAGUGAUUACAUGGACAGCCCCGUCACCCCGGUGGUGGACUGCUCUCAGCUGCGAGGGCGGCAGCGGCGCCGGUGCCUGCGGUCUCGGCGAGGGAACCGCGUGGCGUCUGGGGGCAGGCCAGAGCCGCCCCCCUUCGCCGCCAAUGAAUUUGGCAACAUCGACUGCUCACAGUACCGAGGUCAGCAGCGGCGGCAAUGUCGUCAGGCGCGCCGGAACACGAGGUGCCCUCAGCCGAACCUCGGAGCGAGCUCAGGCGGUCCAAGCCGACUAGCGCUGCAGCAGGCUCAGGAAUGCUGCCAAUAUCAGCAGGGUGGAGACCUCAUCCACUUCAACAACUGCUGCCAGGAGUUCGGCUUCUGUCCCAUCUGCGAGGCUGACACGGACGCGCUGGCGGAGGCUCAGUGCUGCCCGCUGAAGUACAGCGGGGAUGAGCUGGGGUACAGGCGCUGCUGCUCCCAGUUCGGCAUGUGUCCGUUCUGCAACGAGCCUCCAGAGCCACCCAAGCCAGCGGGUUGCAUGUACAAAGGAAAGCUGUUCGCCCCGAACUCAGAGAUGGACAAGCUGGCUUACAAAUGUAUGUUUGUCCGCUGCAAUGACGACGGAAACGGGCCAGAAACAGUACUCGAGUACCUGGACAUGGUUGGAUGCUGCGAGCAGGGCAAGGACCUGUUCCCGCCGGGCCGGAGCAUCGAAGUGGACGAGUGCACCAGCCGCGUCUGCCAGGACGGCCAGUGGGUGGACGCCAGCAACGGACUGGCAGACGUCUUCGCCAGCCGGUGUCCGGACGGCUGGCUGGACCUGGGCGGCAGCUGCAUCUACAUCUGGAAGGAGCUGAUGACGUGGAAGGACGCCAACGCCGCCUGCGACCGGCUGCUCGCCAAGCUGGCCCUGCCGCAGAACCAGGCGCAGCUGUCACAGCUGAUUAACGCCUUCAGCAGCAUGGAGGGACGCAACAGUGAGGAGGUGCUGGGCGGCUGGGUGGACGCCCGCGACUCCGGCCGCCAGUGGCAGACCUCGGACGGCGACACGUUGACCUUCCAGCCGUGGGAGGAGGGCUCGCCGGACGAUCGGCGCUACACGGCCUGCGCUGGCCUGACCGUCACCAGCCGCUCGCAGGGCUGGAGGGACUACCUCUGCAACAGCCGCCCAGAACAUGAUGUACCCCAUCUGUCAGGUUGCUACCACCACGAGUGGAACAGCAGGGCGUUCGGGCGCGCGCGCGGCUGGUACACGGGCCUGCACCCGCCCGGAGGCUUCCAGCUGUUCGAUGGCCUCCUCUGCGAGUGCGAGGCCGGCGUCAGCGACUGCACCCAGUUCUUCGACUACUGA